UUGUGUGUACAGGUACACAUAGAUCUGUUAUAUAAAUAGUAAAUGGUUACAUACAGGGACUGUAUAUAUAUAAAAUAUAUACAUUCAUGUAUUUGGAUUAUUAUAUGGAGAAUAGAAUUCGAUCCUCGUUCCCGACCGGAUUUUGAACAAUAGAGGUUUCACAACCGCUACCGAAACUUCCGGUACCUCCUCUGGCUCAAACACUUGAGAGAUAUGUCGCAUUUCUUGAGCCCAUUGUUAGCGGCGCGCAAUACGAGCGGUCAUCGGCGCUGGCGAGGACCUUCGGCCUGCCUGGAGGAUUGGGGCAGUCCCUCCAAAAAGAACUGGAGCAGAAGCGGGAAAUUGAAAAGAAUUGGGCUUACGAAUACUGGAUAAAUGACAUGUACUUGCUAAAUAGACUGCCUUUGCCAAUAAAUUCAAAUCCGGGUAUGGUGCUACCACCUCGAAAAUUUACAACAGUCGUUCAGGUCGCUAGAUUCGCUUCUAAACUUAUUGAUGGUGCUGUAGACUAUAAGGAAAUGCUUAGACGAGGUGACUUAGAACAAGAACGAUGUACCUCAAACGAAAAAGGGCAACCGCUUUGUAUGGCACAAUACUACCGGUUAUUAGGAAGUUGCAGAAUACCUGGUAUCGACAUUGAUUCACAAUUUUUUCCUGAAAGCGAGUAUACGGAUGCUCAUAUCAUUGUAAUGUGCCGUAACCAAAUGUAUUCUUUGGCUGUGGAAGCGGCGGAUCGUGGAAGACUUUCGGAGGACGAAAUAUGCGCGCAGUUACUUUUUAUCCUGAAUGACGCUCCUUGCUUGCUUGAACCUUCUCCACCUAUAGGAUUGCUAUCAUCACAAGAACGGACGCAGUGGGCUAGAGAUCGAGAAACACUUAUCAAAAUUGAUUACAAGAACCGGCACAAUCUAGAGCUCAUCGAACGCAGUUUAUGCAUAAUUUGCCUGGACGAAUCGUUUCCUAUUGCUUUCAAUUAUAACCAGGCUGAGCAUCAUUCCACGCACAAUACUAACAGUGGUCGAGACGAGACCAACAUGGCACAUCAGAUGUUACAUGGAGGAGGCAGCAAUCUCAACUCUGGAAAUCGUUGGUUCGAUAAACCCAUUCAGUUGGUAAUUUGCAAUGACGGUGCUUGGGGUCUUUGCUACGAGCAUUCGCCAUCGGAAGGCAUUGCUGUGAUACAAUUAAUCGAGAAAUUAAUGAAUCAUGCUGAUAGUUCUAAGGACGAGAAUUCAACAGUGUCUCAUUCGCACAUACCACCACCUCAACGAUUGGAAUGGGUUGUUGAUGCUACCUUGGACCAAAGUCUGAAACGAGCAGCUUUCGAUAUAAAUUGCGCAAUUGAGGAUUUAGAUUUCUUCGUCUACCGCUUCAGGGAUUACGGGAAGGAGUUUAUCAAGUCGUGCAAAGUCAGUCCGGAUGCCUACAUUCAAUUAUCUCUUCAGCUGGCAUAUUAUAAACUCUACGGUCACCUGGUCAGCACCUACGAAAGCGCGUCCACCGUCGUUUCGCCUGGAAGAGUCGACUGCAUCAGAUCGGCGAGCAUGGCAGCUCUGCGUUGGGCGGCGGCCAUGUGCCAAGGAGAGGCUCCUGAUGCCACCAGCACGAUGCAGAGGAACAACUCCGAGGACUCCGUCACUGGAAAACGCGUAACUUUCAACUUAUACAGUGUUCAGGAAAGGCGUGAACUAUUCCAUGCCGCAGUAGCUGUGCAGACUAAGACCAUGUUGGAUAAUAUCCUAGGUCAAGGCAUAGAUGUACAUCUGUUAGGAUUGAGGGAGGCAGCCAGGGCCAGAAAUCCUGUUCUUCCUGAAAUCUUCACAGAUGAAUCUUAUAAAGUUGCUAACACUUUCACCUUGUCUACUAGCCAGGUUGCCUGCAAAUCCGACAGCUUCAUGGGUUACGGCCCCGUGACCCCCGCCGGUUAUGGGGCGUCUUACAACCCUCGCCCCAACGAGAUCGUGUUUUGUCUGUCGGCUUUCCAGAGCGCCGAGCACACCUCCACCGCCAACCUCUCUCGCGCCCUGAGCGAGGCACUAACAGAAAUGCGCGAACUGUUGACCGACGCCUAGGCCGAAAUUCGAAUUGAGCAAGUGUAAAUGUUAAAAUGCAUUUUAAUCACUUGAUAAAAAUAAUAAAAAUAAUGAAAAGAUAAGAUGUGAAUGAGAACAAAUUAACUGAACGUCCAUUAUUCGUGUCAUAUAAAUAUUCGAGAUGUAUUCAAAAUCGUCUAAUGUAAGUGUAAAAUACGUAAAUAAUUUUUAAAGCCCCGGAGUGAAAAACUGCCAUUUCGAUCUAUAAGUUAUUUCAAUGCAUUAUAAUUUUUACACAUGCCAAACUUGGUUGAAGGGUUCCUGAUGGGUACAGUAAUAGGAAUAACAAUUUAAAACACAA